AUGGCCUCCAACGGUAGAUCUAGCACUGCUUGCUGCUUCCAAUUCUACCUAAGACUGCCAGUUACCAUGCCUUCCGGAGCCCCUGAUGGCGUGUAUCAGUCUGUAACCGUUGAGACAUUCCCCGCUACGGAUCAGGAACGAGCCAUAGAAUGGCAAACUCGACCAUAUCACAACCGUGGCAAGAUCAUCAUUGGGGGACACAUCGCUCUGUGUGAGGUGGUCAUGAAGCACAUCUUCGGCCUUAAAGAAGUCGUGGUUUGA